UUUAGCGAGAGAGACUGGGAAUCAAACACAGAGAUACCGUGGCAGUAGCAUUUUACAAAUCCAAGAUGGCGGACACAAGUGAGGUGGAACUGUCAUUGGAUUCUCGCGUGGAGGAAAUCAAAAACUGGCUUAAAAAUGAAGGAUACGAGAAAUAUAAAGAAUCGAGACGCCUGUCUCAAGAGGAAUCUAAAAAUGAUCCUGAGUCGGAGCCUUAUAAGUCAAAGUACGCGUCAAGAAACUUGCUCCAAGAAAUGAAAACAGUCUUGGAGGGUUUACAAAGCGAGGGGGAUCAGUUUGCCUCGCUUUUGAUAGCUGCUCUAGACUAUCAGCUUGGCGUUAACUAUAUGGAGACAGAGGAGACCAGUUCAGGAGAGGAACACUUUGUGCGAUGUUUAAGUUGUGUGCAGGGAAAUUUGGACAAUAGGUGCAGUUCGCUUGCCCUUCAUUGCAUGAACCAGUUGGGCAUCCUGUGGAGUCAGAGGAACGACGCUACUCGGGCACUAGGAUUUCUGGAGGGAGCUGAGAAGCUGUAUCACAGAUAUCGGAAGGAUGUGGGAGGGUCACCAUACACGAUUCAUGAGCUAUUCCAUCCUGACGAAGAAAGUAUAUCAGAACAUGACAGGGAGUCAGAGUUUGAAGCAGCAUUCACACACACCCUGUACUACCUAGCACAAGUCCAUGGUGCCCUCGGCAACCGCAAGCGCAGUGGGCAGUACUGCAACACCACCCUGCAGCGUCAGCUGGACACCAAACAAUACAACCCUCUUGACUGGUCGCUGAACUGUGCCACCCUGUCACAGUAUUAUAUAACACAGGGGAACUAUAACAUGGCGAGGCAUUGCUUGGCAUGUGCAAGUGUAGUGCUCUGUGAAGCAAUGGAAUGUGACGUGGCUGAACCUGUCCAAGAGACUGAUGGUGAAUUCGAACGACAAAAGAAGGAGAAACUCCCUCAAACAAAGGCUGAUAUUGCUCGAUGCUGGGCAAAAUACUGUCUAAACGUGAUAAGGAGGGAGGAUUUUGAAGACGAGGAGGACGAGGAAAAUAAUGAAGAAAACAAGGAAGAUUUGGAGAGUAAGAAUGAAGAAGAAAAUAGGGACAAAGGAAGCUGUACAUCAGAACCAGCUGAUGAGAAAGGGGAUGAGAAGAAUCCACUGAGAUUUGAGUCCUUAGAAGUGACGUCAUAUGAGCAGUCAGUACCCGACAAAGUGGUCAGUGGUUUUGAAGAGGCGCGUGAAAUCUUCAAGCAAGGUCAGAGGUGGCUCACCCAAGCUAAAGAGUAUUACGAGCUGGAUGGUCACGUGUCUGAUUACGUUCAGAUAGAGCAAGACGUGAGCCAGCUGUACAAAGAGCUCGCUAAACUGGAGACGGACAAAGAGCGCAGGUGCAAGAUGCACAAGAGACGUGUGGACGUGCUGUGCGCCGUGCUGGCAGAACUGAAUCCCCAGCAUUACCUGCAAAUAUGCCGCCAGCUUAUGUUCGAAACAGCAGAAGCUUACAGUGAAAUGGUAGACCUGAAGAUUGCCCUUGCCAAGGAGAGCGGCGUACCUCCCUCCGUUCACGUCAUCAAGAAAAUCAACCACCUCGUAACCCAGAGCAUCAAGUUUUUCCAAACCUUCAUAGACUCCAUGAAACAGAAGCAGGUUCUCCCCGAGACCUAUGAUGAUGAUAUAGUGCGGCCGGCGCUUGUGUCUCACUUCUGCGUCGCUCGCCUCCAUGGAAAGAUCAUCUGCUCCGAGACCCGCACAAAAGUGGACAAUUUGCAGAAGAGCCUUGAGCUGUAUAAGUACGUGGUCAACUACUGCGACAGCCACCCUGGACUCCCGGUCGCUGUUUUCAAGGACGAGCUGGAGAUUUCAAGAGAAAUGACAGGAUUACUGCCGUUAAAGAUGGCGAAGAUAAUGGCCCAGUCGUCCUGAAAGAAUCGACCAAUAUACCCUCCAGUCGAGUUGCGAUUCGUUAUCGAUUGGGUGCUACACUUCAGAAGCAACUGCCGAGUCGUCAUAAGAGAUGUUUUCAAGCCGACUUACGAUCUCUUAUCGACUAUCGAUUUCUUAUCGAUAUUCGCGCUUCCUGAAGGUAACAGAUGGCAAGAUAACUGACC